AUGGCCUCUGCACUCACUUCCGAUAUUCCUGGCGCCGAUCCAGCAUGGCACCGCCGCCAUGAUCACCCAAAUUUCAAGGACAGCCAUUACAAGCUCCAGCGAUUUGUUCGCGAGUAUGUCGAUCGAGAGAUUGCACCAAAUGUCGAAGAGUGGGAGAGAAAUGCAGAGGUUCCGGAAACAGCUUUUAAGAGACAUGCGUCCCUGGGCUUUCUGGCAGCUUCGGCAUUCCCCCUCCCGAAGGAAUAUUUAAAGGGUGUAACUUUACCUGCAGGACUGAGUGCGGAUGAAUGGGACGAGUUCCACGAUGCGAUUAUCAUCGAUGAGAUGGCUCGGUGUGCUUGUCUGGGUACUAUCUGGGGUAUUAACGGCGGCGCGACCGUUGGAGGACCACCCCUCGACCGAUAUGGGUCCCCAAUGCAGAAGGAGAAGUACCUUGCUCCUCUUCUACGCGGACAACAAAGACAUUGUCUGUGUGUAACUGAGCCACAGAUUGGCUCUGAUGUUGCCGGGCUCACGACAACCGCAAAGAAAACUCUAGAUGGCAAGCAUUACGUUCUUAGUGGUGAGAAGAAAUGGGUAACUCAGGGUCGCUGGGCUACACAUGGCCUAGUAGCUGCGCGGACUGGCCCUGCUGGUGCCAAGGGUAUUUCCGUGUUUAUUGUGCCACUGGACAACGAGAAGAUUUCGAAGAGGAAGAUUGAAAAUUCUGGUGUUAGCUCUAGCGGAUCAACGUAUAUGGAGUUCGACGAAGUUCUGGUUCCCGCCGAGAACUUGCUGGGCAAGGAGAACCAGGGCUUUGAAAUUAUCAUGUCCACCUUCGCCCACGAGCGGCUGUGGGUUGGUAUCACGGCCCUCCGACUCGGACGUGUCGCCUACGAAGACGCGUAUCGAUAUGCCCUGAAGCGUGAAACCUUCGGCAAGCCUCUAUUCGAGAAUCAAGUCAUCCGUCAGAAAUUCUCACGAAUGAUGAACAUGCUUGAGCCCACUCAAGCCUACGUGGAGGAGCUGGUAUACCGAUCUGUUCGCCUACCCUCUCUAGAUUUCUCUCCUCUAGCUGCCAUGCUCAAGGUGCAGGCUGCACACAAUCUCGAAAAGAUCUCUCGAGAGACACAGCAAGUAUUUGGCGGUCUUGGGUACUCUCGACAGGGUCAAGGGCAGAGAGUAGAGCAGAUCAGCCGCGAUGUGCGUGUCUUGGUUGUGAGUGGUGGUAGUGAGGAGAUUUUGCUUGAUAUGAUUGCCAAGCAGCAGCGCAAGUUAGCACGCCUUUGA